CAAGGGCCCGUUCGAGAAACGUUUUUUUUUUGGCUGAUCGUUGUCAGUGUGGUACAUGUUCGCUUUACUGAGUUGCCCCCUGCUAUCGGGGAGGUGCUACCCCCCACCGGCAGCGACAUGCCCCGCCCCUUCCAUCAGCAUCUCCGGUCGGUGUGGAGGAGCUGGGAGUCUGGAGGAGCAGGCACACAAGAGCACAGCGGAGCCCGCCUUAGACCGACACUUAGCUAGAGCUGCUCCCUCGGCGGUGGAGGUGAUGAUGGCGGCGGCUGUAGAGCGAGGAGGCGUCCGGGCCGCCUUCCUGAACCCGAGCAGCGGCGGCGGUGGCGGAGCAGCACCGGCGGCGCUGCCUGCCGGAGCCCUCGCCGGGGCUGUGGUUCUGGGCUCGGGCUCCGGCACCAUGCCCGUGCCCAUGAAUCUCUUCGCUACCUGGGAGAUAGACCGAUCGUCUCCGAGCUGCGUUCCGAGGCUCUGCAGCCUCACACUAAAGAAGCUGGUCGUUCUCAAGGAGCUGGAUAAGGAGCUCAACUCACUGUCCAUCGCCGUGAAGAUUCAGGGCUCCAAGCGUCUUCUGAGAUCAAAUGAGUACGUUCUCCCACCCAGCGGACUGAUGGAGACGGAUCUGGAACUCACAUUCUCACUCCAGUAUCCCCACUUUCUGAAGAGGGAUGCCAAUCGACUGCAGAUAAUGCUGCAGAGGAGGAAACGUUACAAGAAUCGAACAAUCCUGGGCUACAAGACCUUGGCUGUGGGAAUAAUCAAUAUGGCGGAGGUGAUGCAACACCCAACGGAUGGCGGUCAGAUUUUGGGUCUUCAUAGCAACGUGAAGGAGGCGCCGGUGCGAGUGGCAGAGAUCAGCGUUUUCUCCCUCUCCAGUCAGCCCAUCGACCACGAGGAUGGCAGCGGACAGCCUGGCCGAAAAACCAAAACCUCAGACCGCUCUCCAGACAUGGAUAACUAUUCCGAGGAGGAUGAUGACAGUUACUCUUCAGAGCAGGAAGCCAGUGAUGACGCAGCUCACGGACCGGAUCUUUAUGAUGAAGACGACGAGGUGCGGAAGCCCAAGAAAGCUAGAAGGAAAAUGAUCCGUACCACAUCCAUGACAAGGCAACCCAACUUCAAGCAGAAGUUUGUUGCCCUGCUGAAGAGGUUCAAAGUCACAGACGAGGUUCUGGACUCCGACCCUGUAGACCAGACCCAGGAAGUGGAGGAGGACCUGGACCUGCUCUAUGACAGUCUGGAGGUGUAUAACCAGAGUGACAGCGGGCCGGAGAUGGAGGACAACGAGAGCGUCCUGAGCACACCCAAACCCAAACUCAAGCCUUUUUUCGAAGGGAUGUCUCACUCCAGCUCCCAGACUGAGAUCGGCAGCAUACACAGCCAUAAAAGCCAGCAGAGAGAGCUGUCAUGUCCCAGCGGAGACUUCCUCACUGUGGAGAGAUGCAAAGUUCAAGGGUCCCGCUACCAAGAUGACAGCGCCGCAGACACCACUGUCGGGGAGCCAGAGACUGAUGACAGCAGGACGGUGCCAGGGGAGGUGAGCAGCUGGGAUGUCAACACUGAACGGAUGACCAGCACGGUUGGCAAGCUCUGCAAGACGGAGUCCCAGAACCACAUGUCUCCCAGCAAAGUGGAGAACAGGUUGCCGAGGCGUCCGCGCAGCACCUCCAUGAAAGACAGGCAGAAUUCCAAGGCUCAGAGCGACAGAACCAGCAGCAUGGAAAGCGAGUGCUCACCAGAUUCACGGCUCAUAGCACAGGUUCCCAGGAAGUCUGUGUACGACCAGCUGAACCAGAUCCUCAUCUCAGAUGAACGCCUACCAGAGAGUAUCAUUCUCAUUAACACCACGGAGUGGCAAGGACAGUACGUCGCUGACUUGCUCCACGAGCAGAGUCAGCCCAUCGUCUCCACCUGCUCCGCGGCAGACAUCCAGGCCGCCUUCAACACCAUCGUCACUCGCAUCCAGCGAUUCUGUAACUGCAACGCACAAACACCCCCCACCAUGAAGGUGGCAGUGGCAGGCGACCAGUGUUACCUGAGCACCAUCCUGAGGUUCUUUGUGGAGCAGCUCGCCAACAAGACGCCUGAUUGGCUCAGUUACAUUCGCUUCCUCGUCAUCCCGAUCGGAUCUCAUCCACUGGCGAAGUACGUGGCCUCUUUCGACAGCAAGUUCAACAGCAUCUUCAUGGACACUGCUUGGAGGGAGCUGUUCUGCAGGACGGAGCGGCCCACUUCAGAUAACAUCGAUGUAGCAGGACGUGUUGUUCAGUACCUAGCCGGCGCCAACGUGUCGCACCAGUUCCCCAUCUCAGAGGCGAUGCUCACGUACAAACAGAAGAGGAAAAGAAGUUUGUAUUUUGAUUUUUACAUCAGCCCCGACGAGGACUCGUGCCAGAAGUUUGUGCCAUUUAUUGGGGUUGUUAAAGUCGGCAUUGUUGAGCAAAGCCUGUCGACCUCAGUCGACUCAGACGACGCAAUGGGCGUCAACACCAGCAUCCUGUCCUCCCCUACGCCCCCGUCGGCCGGUCCGUACGGGAAAGAGAUCGGGAGCACGCCGCCGCAGUCUCCGUCCGUGUCCACUGCCCUCUCAGGAGCUGGUUCUCCGUGUUCGGGCAGCGAGGUCAUGGGUCUGCAGGUGGACUACUGGACGUGGCAAGGACCCGAGAAGAAGAAGGAGGGCGAGAAGAGGGACGUGGGGCUGAAGAACACGCUGAAGAGCAAUUUCCGCUCUCUUCAGGUCAGCCGUCUGCCAUGUGGGGGCGAACUGACCCCUCCCCCCAGCAUGGCCAUGACCGUGGUCACCAAGGAGAAGAACAAGAAAGUUAUUUUCCUCAGUAAGAAGCCCAAGGAGAAGGAGCUGGACUCUAAGAGCCAAGUGAUCGAUGGAAUCAGCAGGUUGAUCUGCACUGCCAAGCACCAGCACACGAUGCUGAGAGUCACGAUCGACGGAGUGGAGUGGAACGACGUCAAGUUCUUCCAGCUCGCCGCCCAGUGGCCGACACACGUCAAGCACUUCCCAGUAGGAAUCUUUGGUUACACAAAGCCCAUGUGACCCUCCACGUAGGAACCGACCCGACUCUCCACUGCACUUGUCCCACCCGGAGGCUCCAGAGGGUCCGGGGACGAGCCCAGGGCAGAAAUAGUUUUCCUGUGGAAAUCUUAACUGACUCGCAACCACAAUGUGUUCAAGACACAAUUUCAUGUUUGUUGGUUUUUUUUUUUUUUCGAUGUCGUCGGCUGUUGUUUCUCUCUCUUUCUCGCUCUUUUUUUUUACACACUACAAACAGAACAAGUACUAUUUUGUAAGAUUUGUGCUACCGCCUUGGAGGUGAUUUGAGGUUUUCAACUAUUUGCCACAUUUCUAUAACGGCAGCUGUGUUUGCACUUUGUUUUUGUCGACAUUUUUAUUAUUUCUGUGAAAUCCUACAUUUAUUGUGACUCUAUAGACAAUGGAGGCGUGUGAUGGUGACGUGCAGUGGUGUGUGUUUGUGCGUGAGACGGAAGGCUGUGUUUGUUUGUGGACAAUUGCUGUGAAUCCAGACCGAACUCUUCUUUACUAACUGACCCUUUACUUCACCCAGAGUCUCGCUGGCAAAAACACACGGGGGGAAGCAGUUGCCUUGUUGCUUCAAAAGCAGCAGUAAACAACUCGGUGGCUUUUUCAGAAUGUAGCUGCGAUACACCAGUAAGGUUGGAAUUGCUUAAACUUUCAAUUAAAAAUGCGCUGGGAGAGUCAGUAAUAAUUCCCUUUUCACCUGUUGCUAGGUAACAGUUCAGCCUCACACUCCUUUGUCCCUCGCCACUUCAUCCAGAUGUAACCAGGGAACGCUGUUCCCAGUUGUCUGACAGGAAGCCAACAAGAGUCGCGGUAGAAUUAUAUAAAUAUAUGUCACCUCUUUUAGGAGCUUUUUAGUAGAAAGGCAGUAGUUUGGCUCCAAGUCCAAGACGGUGCCAUGGCUGUUCAUUGGUCAGUCGCAGCAAAAGCUGCUGCUCCCUGAACAUUCUGAGGUCAGUUUCCCUCUAAAGUCGAACCCCUAUUGUGAACAAGUGUUGCUAUACACUUGGACACAACUGCCACUUUUGGGGUGUUCAGGUCUGCGUGGGGAACCCACUGCUUUUCCUCGAGUACUCCAGUGAGUUUUCCCAUCCUGGAUGGAAUCUUUUGUGGAGCUUUUGGGAUCACUCUGGCCUGAACCUUCUUCUUAAGAAAGGCGACUACCUCAACAGGCUUGUCCCUCUUCAGAGCCUUGACAUCAGACUUUGGGGUGCUCAUCUAAACCUACCUGCUUCUUCAUUGAUCCACUUGAGUUUGAGAAGACCUGGAGAAGGCUUUGCCAAGGUUGAAACCUAACUCAGUAGCAAGCACAAAACACACCGAUAGAGGUGUGAAGGAUAAGACUGCUACAUGUAAAACCUCCCCAUUUCUCAUUGGGGAGCAGGUCAUUUUCUAGAUCCACAAUAUUGUGUUGUAACUUGUUCAGGAAUUUGAGGAUCCAACUGAGGACAUGUGGCGUGGGUGGGUGAAGGUAGAACACCGUUCAGCAUGGCCGCCGUGAGCUUCUCUCUACAAACACUGGAUGUUCCAGAUGUGCAGUGAUGUGCCAAAAUCAUGUCUUGCUUGUUUCAGCCCGACCACAAAGGCGGUGGUCGCAGUGCGAAACCGAUGCAUAUAGUGUAUGCGUGUCUCCCCAGUAUUAUUCAGAUGACUGACCUAACCGUGCGCCACAUUCGUUCAUAUCAAGUAUAACCAACAAUUAAACGUCGUCGUCGUUUAAUAAAUGCAAAAAAAAUGUCGUUCAGUAUUGAAGGUCUGACUUGAAACUAAACUUGUAGAAAUAUGAUGGAAAGUGUUUUGCCAGACAUCUAAGUCACUGCCUGUGUGUAUGUGUGAGUCAGUGUGCGUUACGUGUUCGACGGUACUCCCUGGAUAGUGUUGACGUGAACCUUUUUGCAAUAGGAAACCUUCAGACAAAGGGCCUUCUGUAAGAGUGUCGUUGCUUUUUUUAUAAAGUGGAGACAUACAAGCUUUGAUAGGCUGGCUUUUGUAGUAUUGUAUAGAAAUCUAUAUACAAAUGUAUUAUUGUCAACUUUGAGACUCGCCCUUCCACUAAACUCAAAAGCACAAAUCC